GGUGAUGAACAACAUCAAGGAGCAGGAGAAGGAGGUCAUCCCCUGCUCAGUCUGUCAGGAAGUCAAGCUCAUUGAGAGAGAGAUCAUUAGGUACAAACAGAACAUCAGCACACAUUUUAUAAUCAAUACAGGGGUCUAUAUGUUCUUGAAAAUCUCCCCCCCCCCUUUCAAAAGGUCCUUUUUCUUCAGUAUAUUGGAACUAAAGGCUAGAGAUUUGAACUCUUUCUGUGGCGAAUUUUUGGAUAAAUCCUGCAGUAAGAAACCAGAUCUGGAGUACAGAGUCAACAAGCUCGCAGCCAGUGAUAUUAGAAGACUAGUUGGCCUAUUGAAGAGAAGAGUAGAGUACCCUGUAAACCGAAUAUUCCGCCGAAUGGUAGAACGGAAACUACAGGAUCAAGCCGCCAUGAGAAAUAGAACAGAGAACAAGGAAGGAAAAAAGGAACAAGAGAAGACAGACGGGAAAAGGCCAAAAAGGAAGUCAAAAGAGCUAAAGCUAGAUGCUGAGUGGAGCAUUGAUCAACCCUCAGGGGAACUAUGGACUAAUAAGUACAAACCUAGGUGUACUGAAGAUAUGAUCUUGAAUGAAGAUGAAACUUGGAAGCUAAGAAGCUGGUUGAAUAGUUGGACUAAACAUGGCAGUUCUAGUCAGAAUAGCAGUGCUACCAGUGAUAGUGAUGUGGAGGAUGAGCGGAUUGUUGAGAGUAGUUGUGCUCUGCUAACUGGAAGAUCUGGUUGUGGGAAAACAGCUGCAGUUUAUGCUCUAGCAGAGGAACUAGGUCUUCAUGUACUAGAAGUUAAUGCUUCAACUUGUAGAACAGGAAAGCAGGUGACCUCAAUGCUGCUGGAAGCAACACAGUCCCAGCAGGUUCAGGCUGGUCAGUCUAGACUAAACUUCUUUAAACCAGCAGUAGCGCAGGGGACUCCUACUCCAGCUGUUACUGCACAGAACAAGAGCAAGAGGGCGCUCAUUCUCUUCGAGGAUAUUGAUAUUGUCUUCGAGGAACAAGACCGUGGUUUCUACAGCGCUGUGAACAGUAUAGCAGCGGCUACAAAACGUCCAAUAAUAUUUACCUCUAGUGAUGAUCAAUGCUUGAACUUAAUCAAUAAAUCAAUCAAAUCUAGGAUUCAACUUUUCAGGUUUGAAAGUGCAAUGAACCCCUCUUUUGUGGCAACUCACCUUCAACUGAUGUGCUUAGCUGAAGGAGUGUUUGUAUCCCAUAGUUCUCUUGAAGGCUUAGUUACCAGCUCCAGGAGUAUUAGGGAGUGUAUUAAUACUACACAGUAUAUGGUGGAGUCAGGAUAUAUACAGGAAAUAAAAUCUGAAAUUGAGGAUGAAGAAGAAAUUGUAAAGAAGCCGAAGAAAAAGUUUACUCUGAAAAAGAUGAUUAAUGAUGGUCCUGAAGAAGGUUCUGAACCUCAACACCAAGACGAGGAGGAACUUUAUCUAAAAUUCUUUCAAACUAAAUCAUCAAGUAGGGGUAAUGAUAUUCAUGAGUAUGCACUAGAAGUAGAUAUUGGAUCAGAAUACUCACAUCAACAGUUCAUGGACUUACUGGCGGAGAAGGUUGAAUACACUUUCAUAUCCAGGAAAGAAGUAUACCCCCUGGAUGAUACUGAUGAAGUAUAUAUUUAAGGAAAGAAGUAUACCCCCUGGAUGAUAUUGAUA